AAAAGCUGCAGCACACUGACUGCAGUGCACAUAUUAAAAUGACUGAAUUAAAAAAGGAGGAAGGACACCGGCUUGCAAUAGUAACAUACUUUAGUUUAUAACUUAUCGUCAUGCAUAACAAUAGCAAACAAUUGACAAUUUACAGAUUAAAAAACCAGUGACUGGAUUAAAGCAUCUGUUGUAGGUGUUGACUUUAUAGAGCAAAGGUACAGUAAGUUAACUCUAUUGGCACUUUAGAAAGAGUUGGUCAGUUGAUCGUCAGAUUUCAUCACUAACGUAAGAAUGCAAAACGUGUAAUUGAAGCCUGUGUGAGUAGUACUGUGUAUCUUUUAAGUAUUUAAGUUAAUUUGCAAUGUAAAUCUAAAAGUGUGUAUUUAAUAGUUAAUAUACCGCCGCAUGUUGGAUUAGUAAUUCAAAUACAACAGAGUUUAGUAGAGUAAAAAUCAGGUGGGGCUUGUUUACACCUCUGUAAGGACCUGACACCCCUCGGGUAUUUCAUAAUACAACACUCGUGUUAAAAAAUGCCACGUUAUAUGAUGCUCUAAAAUGCUCGGAGACGGAUUUGUGUGUUAUAAAGUGUCCGCAUGUGCCACACGGUGACAAAAAGUUACGUUACCGGUGACAAAACUGGCCGCUUCAAACACUGACGUGUCCUUGGGCGUGCGUUCAGCGCCAGAACUGCAGACACAUUUGCCGUGGAGCCUCCCAACAUCAUUGAAGGAGAGUCAGCCGUCAAACUUUUGAGUUUCAGACAAAAACAUGUCGAGAAACAGUCGAAGGUCCAAGGCUCUGCACACAGCCAAUGACGGAGGCGCGCUGGCCGCGUGUCAUUCGAUGAAAGCCGCGCGGGUGCGCGUGCUGCUGCUGUGUCUGUGCGGGGUGUUGUCGCUGUCCUUGUUUCUCGGGCUGUACCUGUCUGCAGAUCCUGGUACUCAGCAGCAUCAUAUUGGACAUCUCGUUAAAGACAGGCUUUCUCAUAAGCCGAGUAAGUACAGUGUGGCACAAGUCAAGAAGUUUGCAGCUCAGGUGAAUGGACAACGGCUUUGGGAAACUUAUCUGCGCCCCCUGCUUAUUCAGAGAGUUCCUGGAACCGCAGGCAGUCAGAUCAUACAGCAGCAUAUCCGGUCCCAGCUGACUUCACUUUCUGCGGGAUGGACAGUAGAGAAGAAUACUUUUGUUUCACCCACACCCAAGGGUGAUGUGACUUUUACCAAUGUGCUGGCAGUGCUGGACCCCUCAGCUCCUCGCAGGCUGCUUCUAGCAUGCCAUCACGACUCAAAAAUCUUACCUUCAGAUCCUAGAAACCCUGAGCGGGUGUUUGUGGGUGCAAGUGAUUCAGCCGUACCCUGCGCUAUAAUCCUGGAGCUGGCAGCUGCUUUGGACACACAACUUAAAGCCCUCAAAGAGGAGCGGUCUGCUGUGACAUUGCAGCUAGUGUUUUUUGAUGGAGAAGAGGCGUUUGAGGAAUGGACAGACAAAGACUCUCUUUAUGGUUCUCGUCACCUAGCUGAACUCAUGGACCGAACACCCCAUCCUCCUGGAUCCAAAGAAACCACUCUUAUUCAGGCAGUGGAUCUGUUAGUCUUAUUGGACCUGCUCGGUGCGCCAGAUCCAUUGAUUGUCAGUCACUUUGAUAACACGGCUAGAUGGUUUGACCGACUGAUCGCUGCAGAGAAGAGACUCCACAAGCAGGGCUUGCUGACAUCUCACCCAAUAGAACAAAGUUACUUCAGGAAAGACUUUUAUCUUGGUCCAGUGCAGGAUGACCACAUCCCAUUUCUAAACAGGGGUGUACCUGUGCUCCAUUUGAUCCCUACACCAUUUCCUCAGUUCUGGCACACACUGGACGACACGGAGGAGAAGAUGCACAGACCCACGGUGGAAAAUCUUACCAGAAUCCUGGCUAUAUUCGUAGCUGAGUACCUGAGCCUCUAAACGCAUUUUCAUCCUACAGCUGACAUUUACUCGCAUAUCCAUGACUCCCAUGGGUCAUGUGAUCAUGUGUGUCAUGUAGGAGUUGAUAAUAAUGAGCCAUGAAUCAAAAAGGCACACGAUAUAAUGCAGUGUGUUUAUUUGGACUGUGAAUGCUACAUCCUGAAGAUAUAUAUAAUUCAUUUAUUUUUCCGCUGAAAAGAGCCAUAAUUUAAUUAUACUUUAUUCUCGCCAUGAAUAUAGCCUUUGAAGCUGGUAUGGUGUUAAAAAAGAAAGAAAGAAAAGAGCCAUAAGGGGGCAAUGUUAUGAUAUGGCAGCUGUGAAGAAGCCCUAUAAAGAUGUAACUCUUAGAGGGUGUUGUUUGAGGCACUGUUACAAAAAUUAUUGUAUCAAAAAUCCACAAUACUGUUAUAGCUCAAUUACUUGAUUUUAAAUUCAAAAGUGGAACCCUUUUAAAUUCUCUACUAUGGUACAAUAUCUUUAUACAGUUUCCAAUGAUUAUUUUUUAUUGAAACACUGCUUUAAAAAUCAAAGAGAGAUUAGAACAUAAAAAUUUGACAUUGGGAGAAUUAAAAAGAUUUCAUGUUGUGACAAAUUCCUUGGUAUAUUAAUUUAUAAUGUUAAAACUCUGAAUAACUAUGUGAAAUGGUCACACAGUUCAUAAUAAAAUAGGGGAAAAAAUGCUGGUUACAUUUUUUUGCCACACAAUAUGGCAUAUAUGGUGUUCAAAUAUAUAAUAUAAUACAAACUUAACAAUGCCUGCUACUGUAUAGAUGGUUUUAUCGAACACACGCUCGUCACGGUUACGCACCUGGAGGCAUAUUACAGAAAAAUCGUAACUAUUUGUUAACCAUGGUAAUUUCAGUUAGGACCUCAUUUAAGACGAAGGCUAUUACAGAAUGAUGUUUUUAAGUGCAUUAUCUUAUCUUAACUGCAGAUUGGAAAGUGAUAUUACAGAAGCAUCCUAUCUUGACAGAACAUCUUAAAAACGGUCUUAACUUAGGGUAACCUCACAGGUGUCCUAACUUAAAAUUUAAAUGAAAGCCAACUGAAACAAUCACAUUGUGUUGGACUUACACAAUUGACUCAGGAUCUAUUUCUUAUCAUGUCUCUAUCAAAUGUUGAAAUAUAC